AACACGGAGGGAGUAAAUUUUAAAGUAUACUAGAUUAGUACCCGUGCGAUGCACGGUAGUAAUAAUCUUUUUUUUCAUUAUUAAUUUAUGAUAUAAUAUAAAAAUCAAUUUAUAUACAGCUACUUCCUCGACAAACAACUGCCUUACAUAAAUACAAUCGUUCUUAUAAAAUAGGAACAUAAACUUGAACUUCACCAAUCACCACAUUUUACAACAAAGCUAUAGUUGUUUUCCCUUCUAAGAUAGAAGUGUAAGUGUGACUCUAAUGGCAACCAAUAAACCUCAUGUUAUUUGUGUACCUAUUCCAUACCAAGGCCACAUAAACCCCAUGUUCAAACUAGCGAAACUCCUUCAUUCGAGGGGCGUUUACAUCACAAUGGUGGUUACUGAGUUCAAUGUGGCUAGAUUAGCUAGUUCCUCCACCGUGGAAUCACCUUUUCUUGAAGGCUUUAAUGAUUUCAGCAUUGAAGUUAUUCCUGAUGGCUUGCCACCAGAUAAUAAGCGCAGCGUAUUCAACCUUCACGAGUUGUGUUAUUCCUUUCGAGGCAUUCAAGGGGAGCCACAGAUGGCCAUUAGAAGUCUCCUAAUGAGGCUUCUUGAAUCCCCUGAUAUUCCUCCUGUCACUAGCGUGAUUUCGGAUGCUAUGAUGACCUUCGUACCUCAAGUUUGCAUAGAAUUGGGCAUCCCUGUGUUUCAUCUUUAUACUACAAGUGCUUGUGGCAUGCUUGGGUACAUGCAAUUUGAUGAACUUGUCAAAAGAGGCGAUUUCCCUUUAAAAGAUGAAAGUUGCCUUACAAACGGGUACCUUGACACAUCGAUUGAGUGGGUUCCAGGACUCAUCAAAGAGGCUAGAAUGAAGCACCUUCCUACAUUUCUUCGAACGACAGAUCCAAAUGAGAUCAUCUUCAACUACUUGGCAGAGGCAACGAGAAAUGCAAAAGUUACCGCAGGCUUAAUUCUCAAUACAUUUGACGAUUUAGAAGGCCAAAUUUUGAAAGAAAUCGAGAAGGUGAUAGCGAAUAUUUACACCAUUGGCCCUCUCACAAAGCUCAGCCAACCAGUGAACGAACGAAAACUACUCCCUCUUAGUUGGAGUUUAUGGAAGGAAGACAAUAGUUACUUAGAAUGGUUAGACAAAAGGAGUCCAAAAUCAGUCAUUUAUGUUAAUUUUGGGAGCAUAGCUGUUUUAACUCCUGAGCAAUUAAAGGAGUUUGCAUGGGGAUUAGCAAACAGUAAGCACCCUUUCUUAUGGGUUAUUCGAUCUGACCUUGUUAUCGGAGAAUCGAACAUCAUAACUGAAGACUGUUACAUGGAGGAGAUCAAAGAUAGAGGUUUGAUAUUGAGCUGGUGCCUGCAAGAGAAGGUGCUUCAACAUCCUUCGGUUGCUGUGUUUUUGACUCAUUGUGGGUGGAAUUCUACCUUAGAAAGCAUAGGUGAAGGGGUGCCCAUGAUAUGCUGGCCGUUUUUCGCUGAGCAACAAAUGAAUGGCCUAUAUGCAUGCAAGGAAUGGAGGGUUGGGGUGGAGAUGGAGGAAGGCAGUGUUCAGAGAAAAGAAGUUGAAGGACUAGUGAGAGAUGUGAUGGAAAGCGAGAAAGGGAAGGAAUUGAAGGGAAAAGCCAUGGAAUGGAAGAAGAAAGCGGAGGAGGCUACAAGACCUGGUGGUUCAUCUUACAAUAAUUUUGAUAAGUUAGUGAGAAACCUUGUGGGAAAGGGAAAUCAUUGUUAGCCUACCUAAAACCCAAGAAACCCUUUAAUGGUCCCCUAAAAUGGUUUCUUGAUUCUCUUGUGAUUGUGACCCUCCCAUCACUAAUAGAUAGGUGGUGCCAUAGUGCCAAAGAAUUGAACUUGCAUUAUUUUUCUUUCACAGUUGUCUAUGUAUAAUUCCAAAUAUUAUUAUCUUUACUUUUCAUUA